AUGAGUCAACCGGCGAAAUUACCUAAUGCCAAACGAAGGAAGACAUCGACAGCCCGUUCCAAAGGCAAAGGACGAGCCAACCCGGUACCAUACUCGACUCCAAUUAAUUCGCUUGAUCUUCCCAUAGCGAUGAGAAUGCCACAAGAGAUACUUAACAAUAUAUUUAACAAUCUAGUGGAUCAUCCUGUUCAUUUUACUCGUGUAGCACAAGUCUGUAAGUCAUGGCAACUCGCCGCCGACACACAUCUUUAUUGGAGGCAUUUAGUUAGAAAACUUGGGUUGUCACCGCCGAAACCAAAAGCAAAAAAGUUCAAAACUUACAAAAGAGUAGUGGAACGUGAUUGGGGAAAAUUUUGCAGUUUAUGUUUUCGUGGACAUCGUAAUGGACAUGAGAGAUUAAGUCUUCGCGAGGAGAAGAUAGACCUGGUUAAGGUUGCAGAGGCCUACCGAGAUCUAAAUACUAAUUGGUUUAACAUAUUUAAGGAUAACGUUGAUUUUCAAGUAUCCUUUGGUCACGAGUAUGAGGUAUUGGAAGUUUUGGAAGCUGUCAACCUUGUCCAAAGUGAAGGCAAAUUGGCGGACUCGAACACAAAGUUAACCUCGACUCCGAAUUUCCAAAUUCCUCUUCUUGACAACCAGGAACAGAAUGAAUUGGAAUUUUUAGAUGCCGAUCAAUUUUACAAUAACAUAUCUGCGAAAAAUUCAACAUCUCCAACGACGUUUUUAAGUGGCUUAUCGUUACCAGUGCCAUCGUCAUCGAACAACUUUUCAUCAAUGGCCACUAGCAGUUUUUCGUUGACACCAUCGAACAAUUUUUCGUCGGCUUCACCUAACAACAAUCUUUCGUCGGUAUCAUCUAACAACAACUUUUCGUCGGCAUCAUCUAACAACAACUUUUCGUCAACACCACCUACCAAUAACUUUUCGUCAAAACCACCUACCAAUAACUUUUCGUCAAAACCACCUACCAAUAACUUUUCGUCAACACCACCUAACAACACCUUUUCGUCAACACCACCUAACAACACCUUUUCGUCAACACCACCUAACAAUAUCUUCUCAUCGAUGUCGUCUGACAACUUUACACCAUCCAAUAAUUUUUUAUCGAUACCACCCGGUAACGCCUUCACAUCAACAUCACAUAAUGACAAUUAUUUAUCAUUACCCAUGUCCUCUUCUGAAAACAACUUUUCGUCGACAUUAUCUUCCAACGGGAGCUUCUUGUUAACACUUCCGGACGUCUUUUCGUCGGCAAUAACAGGCUUCAGCUUUCCGUUGCCUAUCAACAGUUUCGCAUCGUCGUCCGAUACAUCUACUGAUAAUAGUACCUUUUACCCUCCGCUAAACUCUGCGGAUCUAUUCUAUGACCUUUCUCCAAAAGAAAAUGAUUACACAUACAUACCUAAUCGAGAAAUUAUCCAAGCUAGUUCGAGUCAAGACAUUGCCCCUCCCCUUGCCGUCAAAACAGCUCAGCCUAGCACCACCACCACGGAUCAACAACAAGAUCAAAGUGCGAUUUUUGUCAAACACCAUCUUUGUAAGACGUGCAAGUUAUAUACCGGGCAAAAUUGUGAGCGAUCUAGCGUGCUCAGAAUGUUGAUAGCCGAACAAAAUUUGCCUUACACAAAUUUUAGCCGAAUUAGUAUGUGCACCAAUUAUGUGAACAAUGGGAUCGGAAGUCCGGUGGCUAUCAUUAGGCAUUUGAUCGAAAAAAAAUGGUUAUCGGAAAAAACUGCCUAUAAUGAAUUGGGUAGUACGGAUGAUGAACAGACCGAGAAGAUGAGAAGAAAGUUGGCCUUGGAGAUGUGGGUCCGAGGUAGAAUAGAUAAUGGCGUUAUCACCUCGCCCAGGUUCGAUCCGCCAGAGGGACGACCGCCGAAAUCGUUGUGGGUAGUAAUCGAGCAGAUAAUAGAAAUGAUAUCACGUGUCACAUUUGAAUCUUAUUCACAACAAAAUGAUUCAAAAACGAGAAUCAAUAAUAGUAAUGAGCCAAUCGAAAUUUUCGAUGACAAUGAUAGUAAUACAAACCGACCCUCAGUAAUUUUGAUUGACGAUUGA